GCCAUGAGAAGACAGUGCUUCAGCCUGUCGGAUCCACCUUGCCCUGUCUUAACUUCUUACAGAUCUUGGCUUUGGAUUAAAUAGUGAGAAUUGGAGCUUUUGAAGAUAGCAUUCUAAUAGAAUUGAUGCACGGUUUGACUCUGGGUUGAAAAAUGUAUCAUUCCAAAGUAAGAAGAACAGCUGAUGGACACCAAAUAGUUUGCUACUGCUUUCAACUGUGUGGGAAAUUUGCUAUCCUGGUGGAUCUUCAUAUAUUGCCACAAGGUUCAAACAAAGACACCAGCUGGUUUUCUGAGCAGAAGAAAGAGGAAGUCUGUUUGCUGUUAAAAGAAGCCAUUGAUUCAAGAGUUAAGGAACACUUGGAAGUUCAUAAACAGCAAAAGCCAUCAAGUACAGAAUUCACAAGAUGCAGUCCUUUGUCCUUAAAAGGUUAUGGUUUUCAAAUCACAGCCUAUUUCCUCAAGCGAGGAAUCCACCUUCGCUGCAUUGGGAGACAGAAUACUGAUCUCCAAGUAUUCCCUGAUAGAUUUGUGGUCUGCGUUAGUCAGCUUGCUCACAGUCAUGACAUCUUGGUAAAUCAGAAUGAAGAAUUGACAGAAAGAGCUCUCCAUGGAGUAUCUGAUUAUUUUGCUGAGUGUGCAAAGUCUCCUUCCUCCCAGAGCAAACGCAAGAGAAAUACUCUGAAAGAAAUUGUGAAAAGAACUAAAACAAAAGGCAGCACUGUGAGCAAAUCACAGACCAGAAGAGACACUGUGGUGACAUCUAGGGACUCCGUGAAUGCAGAGGCACCAAGGAGGAGGGCUAAUCAGCCCUCGCCCAGCCCACUGUCAGAGUCUGUGGGACAAACAAAGGAUUACAUAAAGACAGCAGAGAACAACUGCACAAAACUGGAAAAUGUUAAUCCAGCCUAACCAGAAGACACCAACAGCCAGCAAAAACCUCAUCCCGGGGGGCAGUUCGAGACAGAACCUCUAAGUGGGAGCCCGGUCUGUAGCUGUGAGUCAGCACCACCAGGUCCAAAGCAAAGUCCACGAACUGCCAAAACAUAACAGAAACUCAGGAACUGUGGCUCUGUGGAAGACUCCGACCACCACAGGAGAGUUUUUCUUGGAAGUGAUCAAUUAGUCCCAAGAGAUGAGAGUGGAAAAAGCAUAGCUGUCAGUGUUUUACCAGCUUCAGCGUUGUCAGAUCCGGGGUUACUUCUGAAGCAGAAUUUGGCAAAAAACCAUGGCCAAAGAAGAGCUGUGUGUUUUGGAAAAAUUUUCUCCUCCAGACAUCUUGCAAAAAAUAACCCAGGGCAGGCACAGCAAACCAGCUGAGCCACAAACAAUGAAAGCUUAGCUACCAUCCACAGCCACCCAACAGAGAAAUGAAAGAAGUGGCAAAGUUGUAGUUGAAGAUACAGUGUCCAAAUCUGUGAUAAGAGAGCUAUGUGUAUAGUUGCUGAUACUUAGGAAAUAAUUAUAAUGACCCUGUCAAAUAAAAAGUUUAUAUUUGUGCUACA